CCAUCCGGGAGCUCCGUCCCUCGCUUCGGCAUGAGGCCUCCGCCCUUAAACCCCUGAGAAGAGAGGAGGAGGAAGCCAUGCCGCAACUGCCCUCCCCUCUCCGCCGCCUCCUCCCGCUCUCCCAAACCCUAGCCGCCGCCACCCCGGCCCCGCUCCUCCACCUCUCCCGCCGCCUCUUCUCCUCCUCCUCCUCCCCCUCCCCCUCCCCCUCCCCUCGCGCCGCGUGCCUCCGCGCCCUCGCCUACCGCGGCGGCCAGGCAGGAGGAGGAGGUCGCCGCGGCCACCACAACAACCUCCUCCGACGCGGGAACAGCACGCUCGGGAAGAGGAGCAAGGAGAAGAUGGGCGGCGGAGGAGGGGGAGGGGGAGGGGGAGGGGAGGCGGAGGUGGCGUUCAACAAGACGCGCGCGGAGGGGAAGGACGGGAGGAAGGGCAGGAGCAUGGAGCUCAAGAGCCGCAAGCUCAACCCCAUCAACACCAUCUGCUACGUACAGAUACUUGGUACAGGAAUGGACACACAAGAUACUUCACCUUCCAUUUUACUCUUCUUUGACAAACAGAGGUUUAUAUUUAAUGCUGGCGAGGGUCUUCAACGUUUCUGUACUGAACACAAGAUAAAGUUAUCAAAGAUUGACCACAUAUUUUUGACUCGUGUAUGCUCAGAAACUGCAGGGGGCCUUCCAGGACUGGUUCUGACUCUGGCAGGCAUAGGAGAAGAGGGCAUGUCGGUGAAUAUAUGGGGCCCUUCUGACCUAGAUUUUUUAGCUAGUGCAAUGAGAUCCUUUAUCCCAAAUAGAGCAAUGCUUCACACACAUAGCUUUGGUGUGGAACAAAAUGUAUCUUCUUCCCAAUCUAAAGAUGCUACUGUCAUUGUUGAUGACGAAGUAGUUCGAAUAUCCGCAAUGUUUGUCAAACCAAGAUACAAUAAAGAAGCCAGUUGCUUGAAUGACUCCAACUUGAAGCCUGGCAAUACUGCUAUCAUUUAUGCAUGUGAACUGCCAGAACUUAAAGGAAAGUUUGACCCUGCUAAGGCUGCUGCCCUUGGUCUCAAGCCUGGACCAAAAUAUCGUGAACUUCAGCUCGGGAACUCUGUGCAGUCUGAUGCAUUCGAUAAAAUGGUUCAUCCAAGUGAUGUUCUUGGCCCGUCGAUUCCUGGACCUACUGUACUUUUGGUGGAUUGCCCUACAAAAUAUCAUAUGCACGAACUAUUUUCCCUGCAAUCUCUUAUACGCUUUUAUGAAGAUUCUUCUGAGCAAGCAGGGAGUCCCAAGAAAGUAAAUUGUGUAAUCCACUUGGGCCCAUCUUCUGUGACUGAAGCUCUCGAUUAUCAGAACUGGAUGAGAAAAUUUGGUGCCACACAGCAUAUCAUGGCAGGGCAUGAAAUUAAAAACAUGGAAAUUCCUAUCCUGAAGGGUAGUGCAAGGAUAUCAUCACGUCUUCAUUUUGUAUGCCCUCAUCUCUUCCCAUCCUCUGGAUUUUGGCCUGUGGAACCUAUAAAUGAUGUUGAUUCAGAGAAGAAUAAGGUUUCUUCAUUGCAAGCCUGUGAAAGUGUGUCAGCGGCUAAUCUUCUAAAGUUUCAUCUGCGUCCAUAUGCUCAACUGGGGCUGGACAGAUCGUCUAUACCAAGCCUUACUACUUAUGGAGAUAUUGUAGAUGAGCUCUUGUCGGAGAUCCCAGAGAUUAAAGAAGUUCCUGAACAGAUUAGCAAGUUCUGGCAAAGUAAUUCAGUUGGCAAGCAUAUGCUCAUGGUUGAAGAGCCAUGGAUUACUGAGAAUUCCUCUGUUUGUAAUUUUGUAGACGAAAAUAGUAAUUCAGGUAAGUUACAAGAUGGCACUCCAUUGAGAGCAAGUGGCUGGAGAAAGCACCCAAAGGACACUCCUGAUAUCCCUUGCUGUGUGGAGAAUGCAACAAGAGAAGAUAUGGAAAUUACCUUUUUGGGUACGGGUUCAUCCCAACCUUCAAAAUAUCGGAACGUAAGUUCCAUAUAUAUUAACCUGUUUACACAAGGAGGUAUACUUCUUGAUUGCGGUGAAGGAACCUUAGGGCAAUUGAAAAGAAGGUUUGGUGUAAGUGGUGCUGAUGAUGCUGUGAAAAGUUUGAAGUGUAUUUGGAUUUCCCAUAUUCAUGCUGAUCACCACACAGGUGUAGCUAGAGUUCUUGCUUUGAGGUCUAAAUUGUUAAAAGGGGUACCUCACAAGCCCUUACUUGUUAUUGGACCAAGACCACUUGAAAGAUUUCUAAAUGCAUAUUCAACACUCGAAGAUCUUGAUAUGCAGUUCCUAGACUGCAGGCAGACUUUAAAGCCUAGUAUAGAGGCUUUUCUCAGUGACAAUGCUACUGAAUCUGCCACAUCUCAACUUGGAAGCACUAUAUUUGCUCCUGGAAGUAAAAUGGAGAACUACAGCCGGAAGCCUGCAAGUCCAAGAGAUACUACAGCUCUAACUAAUUUGAAAGAUGUCCUACAUGAAUCAGGUUUGGAAGUUCUUUACAGUGUCCCAGUUCUGCACUGUCCACAGGCGUUUGGAGUUGUUCUGAGAGCCAAGGAGAAGGUGAGCAGUGCUGGAAAAGCUAUUCCAGGAUGGAAGGUUGUUUAUUCAGGUGACACGAGGCCCUGCCCAGCUCUUGUAGAUGCGUCCAGAGAUGCCACUGUACUAAUACAUGAGGCAACAUUUGAGGACAGUAUGAAGGAUGAGGCGAUCGCUAGGAACCAUAGUACAACAAAGGAGGCCAUAGCAGUAGGCACAUCAGCCGGAGCAUACCGUAUAAUCUUGACCCACUUUAGCCAAAGAUACCCUAAAAUCCCAGUUUUUGAUGAGGUUGAUAUGCAAAAGACUUGCAUUGCGUUCGACCUGAUGAGUGUGAAUCUGGCGGACUUGCCAGUACUGCCAAAGGUUCUUCCUCACCUGAAGCUCUUGUUCAAAGAUGAGAUGGUGGUUGACGAAUCUGAUGAGAUCCAGGAGGCUGCUUUGCGGUUGAUUAAAUAUGCUGUUGGGAAGUCUGGUACUGAUUUCAAGCGGGAAAUGCAACGGCACUCAGCAGCUAUGCGCCAGCUUGUUCACUACAAGGGACACCCUGACCCCUUGAAAGGGGAUUCUCUUAAUAAGGCUGUCCGUGAAACUGCAAAUGAUGCCAUUGCUGCUAUUUUCUCCACAGAGGAACCUAAACCUGCUGUUGCAACAGAAGGUCUUGGCAAGCGCAUACAGGGUUUUGGAAAUACUAAUUUUGAGCCAUCAAGAGAUGACAAAAAAUCUUUCCUUAGUGAGCUAAGUGAAGUAGUGGGCAUUGGCAGUGCUUCCAUUAAACAGGGUUUGAGCAACUUUGCUGCUUCUCAUUCAUCAAUGAUAACAAAUGAUAAUGGUGGUCCGUACAAGAGCCCAAACCUUCGUAGGUCUCUGACCACAGAAAUGGAUAAAUAUGGCAGGUAUGAUCCAAGUGAAAUUCAAGGCGAGAGCCGUUCUUCAUCUGGUGCUUCAAAGAAUGUUAGUUCUGGUUCAUGGGGUCCUAGUCCAUCCAGUUCUGCACCAACUGAUGAUACUGGUUCAAGUCAAACAGGGGUUAAGACUCGUGAAGAGAGACUUUUAGAUACAAUUGCAACUUCAAGUGGUGUGCGGUUGCAACCAACUCGAGAUGCUCUGCAAAUAUUUCUAACAGAAGCUGCCAAAUUGGACGCAGUUGCUUUGAGCCGUGCCCUUGAGAACAAAUUGAAUUCUCCUUUAUGGCAGGUUCGCAUGAAGGCAAUUUGUGUAUUGGAAGCAAUUGUAAGGAAACAGGAUACUGAUCCUUAUUCAAUCAUUACUUCAUAUUUCUGUGAGAACAGUGCAUCUGUUGUUAGAUGCUGUGAGCUUCCGCACGUUUCUCUCAGAGAAAAGGCUUCGAAGGUCUUAAAUCUGCUGGUUGGGGAACAACCUACUGGAAGCAAUAAUUUUUCAGAAACAAAGACAACAGUACCUGCUGCACAGAUGCCUGAUUUGAUUGAUACAGGGGAUCAAGAUGACCCAGGAGCUCAAAAUUCAGCUCAGGAAGGUAGCGAGAGGAUAAUGGGGAAUAGCAUGUUUACUUCUUCGGUUGAUGAUUUGCUGGGUGGUGAACCUAUUGCUGAUAUAAGUACCACCACCAGUAAUGGUAAUGGAGGUGAUCCGUUUGCAGACGUUUCAUUCCAUGAGACAGCAGAUACUAAGGAUACUAACGACCUAUUCUCGGGGAUGACGGUAGAAGAAAAGGCAACAGCAGCCUUGCAUGAUAGCUCAUCAAUAAACAAAAAUGAAUUGUCAGAUAUAUUUGGCAGCAGCCCUGAGCCAUUCUUCCAAGAAAGAGUAGAGGAUAAAGGAACCGUGAAUGAUUUGAUGGCUGGUUUGAACCUUAAUGGAACUGCCCAAGCUCAGCCUGGGAUUAAAACAGAAUCUAACAAUACUGUCAAUGUUUCACAGCUCUUUGACAUGAACAGUCAGACAACAAAUGUGGCUAAUUCUGCAGCAAUGACUGGUAUUCUUGGCCAAAGCUUUUAUCAGCAACAGCAGGUUCCCUUGCAGUACAACUUGCCAUCACAGAUGCUGUUAAAUCCAGCAUUUGCUGGGCAGCAAUUAAACUAUGGUGCUAUGAGUGUUCUUCUUGCUCAGCAGCAGCAGCUGCUGCAAAAUCUAGGAAAUUUCAAUGCUGGGUUGGGACAUUCGUCUUUGAAUGCAAUGAACAGCGGAAAUGCAUCUGUGCUUCCUGAUAUCUUCAAUUCAAGUAACCAACCUCAACAUGUUGCUGUGAUGAGCAACUCAAAGAAGGAUGAAACUAAAGCUUUUGAUUUUGUUUCGGAUCAUCUUGCAGCAGCUCGUGGUUCAAAAAAGUAACCCGAGAGCGAUGGGUAUGUUCAGAAUGUAGCAACAAUGCAUUUGUUUGGCUUCACGCAAACUUCACUCGUACUCCAUCGAUUAGCUGGAUCAAUCUCAGGACAGGUUUUGCAUGUUGUGCUGCAACAGAUGACCCAAGAAAGAAAGAAAAGAAUUCACGACGGGGGAUUGUGUUGUAUCAUGUAUCUAGACAAAUGUCGAUUUUUAUGUUGAAAUAAGCUGUACUUAUCUUCUCAGUUUCUUUUGAUGCCUUGCCUUUUUUUUUUUCUUUUAAAGAGUCGGACAUUGUAGAUUGUUCUCGGGCGGGAUUUUGUUUUUGCUGCUGUACAACAGCAUAUUUGGUUCUUUUGACGGGAAUUGUAAAGCUUGCUACGUUAAUAACAGGUGCCAUACGGGAAUAAUGAUGCCUCUUGAACCAUACUGCUCACAUGUUGAGUACAUUA